AUGGCUGCCACAGAUAAGUCUCUGGAGGCAAGCAACCUGGCAGAGAUCUGGAAAGCCAUAUUCCGACCGGGUGCAGCAGAGGAAAACCAAUUUGCAAACAAAUACUAUACCUGGCACAGACCUCUCUCGAUCCAAGCUCUCCUCGGACAACCUCGAACGUGGACGUCGUGGAGCUAUAGAGCUGCCUACCCAAAGCUUUCUACACUCCUGGAACAAGCUUCCUUGGAAAACAAAUUACGGUGCCGUGUCAACUUCGUGGAACUUGCAAUAGAUAACGAUCGAUAUGAUCUUCGAAAACUCAGUUAUAAUGAAGCACAUGCUCCCCUGUCCGUCAUUUUCGACGCUCUGAAUGUAAUUCCCACUCAGAUGGGACGUGCAGAUCAUUCCGAGGUAAAAAUCGAGGGUAUUGCUCUUAUUAAGAAGCUCGCCCGGAUACUUCACAUUACAGAUAUUUCGCCUUUGGUGCUCAAUUGCAUUUUUGGGACAUCCUCUGGUCUCGAUAUCAGUCAUAUCGCAGCAUUUGUUGAUAGAAAUCUGAAUGGUUUGAAUUGGGCAAAGGUGAAUCUGCUUCAAAUGAGAAACGCGGGCUGGUCUUCAUAUAUCUACGAAUAUCACUUUUCUUUCUAUUACGUUACCUUCGACUAUUUCGAGCCCGAUACAGUGAAGCCAGAUCCACGCAAAAUUCGAAGAUCAUGCCCGUUCGGGAAAAGAAAGAAUCUGAUGGCCGACGACCCUCAGUUUUCUCUCUCCAAAACGUAUUUCUGGGCCCUUCAAACAUAUAAAUUAUUCGAACGGACCCUUGAGCAAACAAUCGCGACAUGGGAGACUUUCAAGAUCGAUUCAUUGCCAAAAAUCCAGGAUGGAAGGAUAAGUCCCGAAAAUUGGGAUGCUAGCGUCCGCAGCAUAGACCAGGCAAUCGAACUCCUCAAACCAAAGAUAAAUCGGAUUAAACGUGGCAUACAAGACGUGAGGGAUCUCCGGGAAGGUCUCCAAUCAACCGCUGCAGUCUUCGAUAGCCGAACUGCAGUUCGCCAGGGAGAGAAUAUUCGCCUGUUAACAUACAUCACGCUGCUGUUUCUUCCCCUUUCCUUCGGCACGGUCGGUAGCGUCUUCUUUAUGGCAUUCGACUCCGCAGUGCGCAAAGCUACCUUCGGCCUCCAACGGCAGAUGAGACUCCAUCACAGGAACGACUGGAAGGACAGAGCUCUCGCGUUAUAUCAAGAUGAUAUAAGCACAGAGUCUCCAGUGCGAAAAGCUUCUAAAGAAAGCAGUCGCUGGGUGUAUAUUCUUUUCCUAUUCGAGGUAGCCAUGGUUGUCAUUCCAGUUUCUGAGCUGAAUGCCGCGUUGCAUUUCUAUGGGCUUUUCGGUUCCGAGCAAGAGAGGGAGCGCGAUGCUGUGGAUGAUGACUACUCGGAUAAAGAUGACGGUAGCUCUCAUCGCCCUCGGAAGGGUAGACAGAAAGAGGUCUUGAUGAGAGUGAAGAGGGCUGCGAAACAAGCGGAAGAGGAGGAACGCAAACGAAAAGACGAAGAGAGGGGGUGGGCUAUAGCGCUUUUAAGACGCUCUUAUAGAAACACUCGUCAUCUCGGGAGCGCGUUGAUGCAUACCAUCUUCACCUCCGCCAGGGUUCUCUUAUUACCAAUCUGGGUGCCGAUUCUCCUUGUCGAGUACAUCAUUACCGUACUCGCAUUCACACUGCUAUUCAACCAGCACCCCUCCCAAGCCAACCCUAGCUCAGCGAUGCCUGAAGAGGAAUCGUUGGCGGUCCAUUCACUCUCACCCUUCAUCCGAGCAUGGCGCACCCUUGGCCUAAAUACCCUUACCCUCCCAACCCGACACCACCAUCCGCAUGAUAACCCUUCCUCCCCUAGACUCUCUGACACAUUCUCGCACGAACCACACCUCUCAAACGUAAGAAGUAAAGAGCAGACCCCGACAGAAACUAAACUUCAAUCUCCCCAGUGGUCUGCCACUGCCACUGCUACGACGAAACUUCAAGGAACCCAUGACGCUUCCAAGCACCCAGGCGAACAUUCGCCCGUAGUGGCUUCGCCGGAAACCCUUCAAGAAGAGGAGGACAUUACACCAAUCCCAUUUACGGACGUCGAGGUAUCAGUAUUCGACCCGAGACGAUCGCGCCGGACGCCGGGGGCCAGGUUGCACAAGGCUGCAUUUUCUGCGAGGCGUGGGAAUGGGGCUGGGAAGGGGGCGUAG